CAGCAGACUGGAGGCAGGUCCUGGCGGAGGGAAGCCCACCUAGCAUUGUUACUAUCCCCUGCCUGGAAUGUGAUGUCUGAGCCCUGCACUGCAGGGAAGGGAAGUGAAGGGGGGGAGUGAGAAGGAGAUCGAGCGAGAGGAUCUAGUGGAAGGCACGUCUCCGAAGGACUUUUACACGUUUUCUGUUCUGGGAUUGCUGAUUACCUUAUGGCAAGCAGUCAUUGUUAAGAAGACAGCUUGCGUGCUGCAUUGGUUUGCUGAAGAUGCCUAUACGCUGCGCUGGAAUGUAGUUGGACUGGCAGGUUAAAAUGUUCCCUGAAUGUCCCGCAAAGCGUGCUCAUCAGGAAGAGAAAGGAUAGCAUUUGACCUGUCUAUAAAUCCCUGUUUAUUGAACUCUGCAGUCAGAACAGACCCUCAAUUUACUGUAGCAAAAUGGAUCACACAAGCCGUCAUUUGAGAUUUAAAUUACAAAGCCUUGGACGGCGCCUGGAUGACCUGGAAGAAGCAACUAAAAAUCUUCAAAAGGCAGAAGAUGAAGUUUUGGAUCUACAGGAUAAAAUCAUACAAGCAGAAGGGAGUAAUUCAAGCAUGUUGGCUGAUGUUGAAGCUUUAAGAAAACGGGUUCAGAAGAUUGAAGGGAAAGAUGAAGAAGUAAAGAAAGCAGAGGAUCUGUGUAGACUUAUAAAAGAGAAGCUAGAAAAUGAGGAGAAUCUCACCCGGGAACUUAGAGCAGAAAUUGAGUGGCUCCAGAAAAAGAUGACCGAGCUAGAGAAACUGGAAGAAGCUUUUAACAAGAGCAAAAAUGAUUGCUCUCAGUUGUGGCUUAGCUUAAAUGAAGAAAAAAACAUGUCUAAGAAGUUCUCUUCUGAACUGGAACUACUUAGGGCUAGGGUUAAAGAACUUGAAUGUUCAGAAAGCAAACUGGAUAAAGCAGAGCAAUUUCUGACAAGUGAGUUGGAAAAAAUUAAGUCUCUGACUAUUAACUUUGUCAGUGAAAGAAAACAUUUUAUAGAAAAGGAAAAGCAGAAUGAAAAGUUAAUUUUAGAUCUCAAACAGCAGUUAGAAUUAAAAAUGAAAGUUAACACGGAAGAUGAAACAAGAAAAGAGUCAAACCUCUUGGAGAGGUCUUCUGGUCAAAAUAUGGAGCGUAACAACUUCAGGAUUGAAGACAACCUAAAUUCUAAAUCUUUCCAAGGAGGUUGCUUGGAAUAUAUCAAGCAAUCUGAAAACCAAAAAACUAGCAAAAAUCAAAAUGACAAAAACAAGCCUCAAGAAGACAAUAAAAUUAGAGACCUGAACCAAGAAAUUGAGAAACUGAAGAAUCAGCUCAAACACUUUGAGGGAACUGAUGAGGAAUUGAGAAAGCUUAAGGAGAAAAACCGUGAACUACAAGAAACCUGUUUCACCGAACAGAAUAAAAACAAACAGCUUGUAGAUGAACUUCAGGCAUUAAAGAAACUAGUUAAUGCAUACAGUGAGGUUAAGAAUGGUGAUCUAACCAGUGAUGAAAUAACUUCACGUGGUAAGUGCAAGAAUGAAAGAACAAAAUAUAAAGCAGUAUCAUCAGACGCUCUAUCUUCAAGAUAUAACUCUCGAGAUCUGUCCCCUCCACAUUUAAAGAAUGAACGGCAUUGUAGGAAACCUGGAAAAUCCACUGUGAUUGAGACGACAAUAAACAAUGCAAGGAAAGAAGAUGAUACUUCAGUGUCUACCCUCAUUUCAGGUGCAAGAGUUGCAACCGUGAAUAAUGAUGUCAAAAGGUCUAAAGAUCAGCCAUCUGUCUUAAGCCGGUAUCCUCCAGCUGUUCAAGAACGAAAGUCAUGGAAAGUCUCUACAGGUAAGAAACCAGACAGGUUUCCAAAACUAUUUACGGAAGAUGAUUCUGUUAAAGUAUCUCAAAGUGUUCUUAACUCAAAGAAAGGGGUUGCAAAUGAAGAAGAUGGAGUUGCAGAAGCACCCCAUGAUACCAGCUCUGAACAUGAAAUGAAUUCAAAUCAAAAUGAAAAAGGAAUGCCUGUUAAAAACUGCUCAUUAUCUUCUACCUCAUACACAAAGCCUAUGAAUUCUGAGUUGGAGGUGGAGGUUAACAAGAGUACUAGCUCUGAAACACCUGGGGAACUGCCUAAAGCUGAUGUGAAUUCAGAAGAGAGAAAUGUUAAAGAUGCUACUGCUACUCCCCAUGAAAGACUAUCUAGGUAUUCUCACAGUAGAGAAGACCGAUUAACAAACUAUACAGUGAAUGAGCAAGCAAAUUUGCAAAGGAAUUAUGUUAGAGACAAUGGACGUUCUAAAAUUUCUCCAAAACCAGAAAUUCCUGAAAAACCACACAUUCUAGAAACAGACCGGAAAGACCCGGAGAAAAGAUAUUUGUCUGGACUUCAUGCUAGAAAACAACCAAGCACUAAACUAAAAUCAAGUAUGGAAAACGCUAAACAGGACAAUCAAACAGAAUUGGAAUCUGAAAUAUCAAGAAAAAUGUCUUCUGAUGGCUUUGAAAACACAGAGCCACAUAAUCCAACUAGAAUAAAGCCAAGAUCAUAUAGCCCCAGAGAAUCUUUACAGUCCGCUGUUACAAUUACGCCAAUUGUUGUUGAAAGAGAUACCAAGGUAGUUAUGGGAGAUUACGAUGGAAGGUCUAACUCGGAAACUAGAUCCCAGAUCAAUGCAACAACAAACAAAGUAUCAAGUAUAAAAUUUUAUCCAUCCGAUGUUACUCCUCGUAUACAGAAUGAAGAUCCCCCAAAAGAAAGACAUACAUCGGUUAGUAGAAUUCGGAUAUCUGCAAAUGAUCAACCAGUAUUAAACAACAUUAGCAUCCCGUUUGAAAUAUCAAUAAAGAAAGACGGUACGCUAGUGAAUGUGGAAGAUUGUGACAGUGGCGACAACGGCUUUGGUAUUACUGAAAUUAGCAAGGCCUCUGACAAAAGUCUUGACAAAGAACUGGUAAAAACCAGUGACCAUAGCUUUGAAACUGUAACUUGGAAAAGACAUAGCAUCUUGGACUCAAAUCAUUUAGAUAAUAAACAAGGGAAUGACAAGAAGUCUUGGAGGAAGAGUGUUCUGGGUUCUACAGAAGAGUUAGACAUACUGAUUAAAGAGAGAGAUACAGCCAUAGAUAGUAAGUAUAAGCGUAAAUCCUUUUUGGAUGAGGAGAAACCUUUGCGGGUACGUCGUGAUCAGUAUUUAAGAAAGAAAACUUCUAGCGUGAGCAGUUGGACUAAUCCCGAAUUUAUUUCUGAAAGGAGCAAAAGCAGUUUAACUGCGACAGAAAUAAUAAGACGAAAUAUUUCAACUGAAACCUUUUCUUCUGAACUUGGUUCCUGGAAUCGCUUCAGUAUAGAGGAUGAAGACUUCAUAAAUUCAAGGAGAAAAAAGUAUGGAUCUGAGAAGUUAACAAAAAUGGAUUCUGCAGGAAAGAAGCCAUCUUCCAGACUAGAACUCCAGCAAAACCAACGACAUCAGAAGGGAAUGGUGGAGGAACGAAUACGACAAUUAGAGCAUUAGUCCAGACUAAUAAAUCACAAGGUCUCAACUUAAACCAAGCACCCAGAACUCUACACUCCAUGUAGGUUGGAAGACUACCCUACUUGUUUGGCGAAUUAAUGCUCACCCACAAAUUACAUCUGGAGCAUGCAAUAGAUCUCCACCAACUUGCAGUUUUUUUUUUUGUUUUUUUUUCUUUCAGCAAGGGAAGCAACUGCAUGAUCUCUCAGGGUAAUAAAAAGGGCACAUUAUUAGUGGAAAAUAACUGCUCUAGAGGCGUGCGUGCAUGUAUGUAUGUGGGUGUUUUUUGUUUUUGUUUUUUUGCAUGGCUACUGCUCUUAAAUGCUUAGGUACUAAAAGUACAUUUUAAAUCUAAUUUAUAAAGGACAUUUUGGACUGUUAUGAAAACACUUUGUGCAAAUUCUCUGUACAGUGUGGUUCAGUUUAACGGAUCAUAAGCAUGUACUAUUGUGUAAAUUCUAGAUCAAUGUAUGGUUUCUUAUGAAUAAAAAAAAAAAUCUAAUGACUGUGUAUAUAA